AUUAAGAAGAACCAAUCUUGUCUCAUUGAAGAAACCUGGCAGGGGCAGUCCUUUCAGUGGAUGUAACUUAAUUUAACAAAGUCAAAUGUCACUGAGCCCAUCUCUUUAAUUUGCAUGUAAUGUGAAUUAUUGUCAAAUAGAUCAGACUUUUACCACCUCUUCAACCUGGCAACUUUCAUGAUGUCGUACACAUAACUGAUAACCAAAAGAUGGAGCUGUUGAACCACUGACCAGCUCCAGACCUGCCAUGUGAAUUCCUGCUAUCGUUAUGAAAAUUUUAUCUAAGAUAUAUAAUUUUCAGAUUGGAUACAUGAUAUUUUUUUUGCUGUGUUUGCCUCGUCCCUUCUUAAAAACAUUAAAACACAUAUUUUUCCCAUUAUAGUUAAAUUUCCAGGGCUUAUAAUAUGUCCGUAUACAUGUAUGAAUUUAUAGUGACCAAAUUUAAUGACCUCCUAGUCCUAUGUUACUGUGACAUUUGUGUGUAUGUGUCUGUUAUCUUAUUGAUUUAUUGUAGAUUUACAAAAACACUCCAUCACAGAUUGCUUGAAUUACUGUAAAGCACAUAGACUGACACAACAGAUUGACAGCGGCUCCAAUAAAGGUAAGGUAAGGUGGGGGGGUCUGUAAAGCUCCAUACUCCAUGAUCAGGUCACCGGGUGGUUCACAGAGCUUAAUUCACCCUAAUAGGAUUACCUGUCACAAGCCGGGAUGCCCAGGCGGCAUCACAGCUUGUGACACUAUUCACAGCAAGGGCCGGGAACACACUAUUUACGGCUAUGUUUGUCAUGGUUGUUUGCUAAAUUUAGUGUCUUUAAUUUCCAGUAGUCAGACUAUCUAUGGGGUGGUGCGUUGAAAUUUAAAUGGUGUAGCGUCAGUCUUGUCUAAUGGGGCUGCUGGAUAAACUGUCGGGCUGGCUCGGCCUGAGGAAGAAAGAGGUCAAUGUUUUGUGUUUGGGACUGGACAACAGUGGCAAAACUACCAUCAUCAACCAACUCAAACCAGCUAAUCAUUCGAAUCAUUUAGGCCCACUGUCAGAAGAGUGGAAACAUGCUAGUCAGACACAGGCACAAGAAAUAGUCCCAACAAUUGGCUUCAACAUUGAAAAGUUCAAGAGUUCAAGCCUGUCUUUUACAGUCUUUGAUAUGUCUGGGCAGAGCAGAUAUAGAAACCUAUGGGAGCAUUACUACAAAGAAAGCCAUGCUAUCAUAUUUGUCAUUGACAGCGGUGACAAACUGCGAAUGGUUGUUGCCAAAGAGGAGCUCGAUACUCUUCUCAAUCACGAAGAUAUCCGCUGCAAAAAGAUACCAGUAUUGUUCUUUGCUAACAAGAUGGAUCUGCGGGAUGCCAUGUCUUCUGUCAAGGUCUCACAGAUGUUGUGUUUGGAGAACAUCAAAGAUAAACCCUGGCACAUCUGUGCCAGCAAUGCUAUCAAAGGAGAGGGCCUACAGGAAGGGUUGGACUGGCUUCAAGAGCAAAUUGCACAAUCAUAUCAAAACAAUGAACACAUGAAUGACUGAAAAGCCUGUAACCAUGGACGCGAUGUGGAUGUGGUAACUGGACCCCAUUCACCACCUGGAGUAUUCGUCACACUUGAUGUUGUAGGCCUUAAACUUCAAUGUCAAAUAGCCUAGUAGUUCCUGUGCGUGCUACGACUUUGACACCAAAAAUCCUGCUAAUAGUAUAAUUUGUAUAUGACUACUCUGUAAAAUGAUUAUCUAAAGCGCCCACUAAUAGUUAGUUACCUAUGUUAUACAUCAUUACUGACACAAAUGUGAAUGCAGUCUGAAUAAAACACUGUAAGCUGAAAAUAUCCUUAAUUCUGUUUCUGUAUGCAGUAACAUUUAAACAUUUUUAUUUGAAGCAGCUUCUUUUUUAUUCCAUGACACAUGCUUUAAUUUAAUACAUUUUAUCAACUGAACUUUUUUUGGAAAUGCUGUCAGUGCUGAAUAUUGUGCUACCUGGAGGAUAAUAAAAGCCUGUUUGCUGAGUG